UCAAUCAUUUCACUUUCUUCCAAAUCUGUGUUUGAAAGACAGAAACCACAAGAAUCCCGUUCCUAAUUUGAGAAUCAUUAGGAUCCUAAAUUUCACUUAUCCCUGGAGCGUAAAAACAGACAGAAAAAUCUAGUGGUUCUUUGUUUAGCUUAUAAUAUUUAGUCCCACAUCUUAUAGAUUACUCAUCUGGCUUUGGUAUCUGUACAGCAAGAUCUGCAGAAUUAGCACCGAGUUAAGCGUACAGGAUCUGUAGUUUAACCUCGCAGUUCGCUCCUUGCGGGCAUUCCGAGCGACCAAUGCCAGCAGUUGGCGGCUGAUCUAGCAGGCGAUUUUUUUUUUCUGCUUUCCAUUGCCUUCCCGAAGCUUAGUUUUAUUGAUUACCGCAGGGUGGACGGGAACUUCAAGCUCAAGUGAUUUUAUUUUUCCCUUGUUGUGGCGAAAAGUGAAGCUGGUCUGUGAUCAGUAAAACAGGCUGGAGAAGCGCAGAAAAAGCAAUAUAAAGAGAGAUGAAUGGAUAGAGGAAUCUGUUGAAAGGAAAGGGCAUUGAGAUUGCAAAAGAAGCAUUUGAUCGAACAAUUUUAGUUGGGAAAUUUCUUUGCUUUCUUCCUGUAACUAACACCUAUAUCUGCAGUCCUACUCUUGUGUAUGGUCCUAGUAUGCUCACUACCUUAAGUCUAACUGGUGAUUUGGUUUUGGGGGAAAAGAUAUCGAAAGGUGAAUAAUGGAGAUAUAGUUAUUGUACGCUCACCUGAGAAUCCUAAAAAGAGUCCUACUAAGCAUAUUUUGGGCAUGGAAGGAGACAAUUUAGCUUACUUGGCCGACCCCUGUUAUUAUGGUUUGGUCUGGCUUUGGAUUGAUGGGACAAGAAGUCUACUGUAAAGGUAACACAAACACAUUGGCUGGUAAUGUACCUCCAAAGGCCAACUUUUCGUGGACUUGCAGGAGGCUGAAUGGGUUGAACAGUUCAUCCAUGAUUGAGGGAGGAAACUUUGAUGGUGCCAAGGCCUACAAGGAUAGCAAAAUCCGCAACAUGCUUACAUGCAAGAGUUCCACAGACAUUAUCACCAGGAGACCGGAAUUACAUUUGCUUCUCUCUGCCCUGGUUGCAUUGCUUGUUCCGGGAGCAUAUUCCAUUGUUCAGAACCCUUUUCCCUCCGUUCCAGAAGUACACUACCAAGGGUUGGUAAAGGAUUUGCACAGGUGUUUAUUGGAGCUGGAAUAAGGACUUAGCUUCUUUUGAGAACCAGCUGUCAUUAGAAGGCUAGUGAUGUCACAAGCCACGAAAGGUGUGUGAUGUCAUUGAAAAUGGAGAGCAGCUAAGGGCAUAUAACCACAAGGUCAGAAAACAAGAUCAACCAUAAGGGAAGAAAGACCUGGGGGUCUGAUGAGUGUAUUCUAAUAGCUCAUGUUAACAGCUAGUAUAGUCGAGUAAUA